UUGAGUCUGUUAGUACCAGAAUAUGUUAUCCCCAUAAUCAAUAUCAUUAUGCAAGCAACCGCGAAUAAUCUAGAUGACAUUGCAGUCCUCCAUAAUGAUAUGGAUGCAAUUAUAGCUGACCUGGAAGGUGACGGAAUUCAACUGACUCAGAUGACAACUGACAUAGAACUCCAGGAGUUCAUUCAAAUCAGACCUGCUGAAGCUGCCGUGUUGGAAAAUACCUGUACAAUGAAUAAUCCCACAACAACCCCGCUUUCAGCAGUGAAGGCUCACAUCUCGCCUUCAGAAUCGUUAAACCAGAUGAAGCACGUGAUUGAAAGAACAAAGAAAACCACCACCAAGCAGCCGAACAGUCAAACUGGUAUAAAUGCUGUCAAAGCAAGUAUAAUGCCAAUGAAAUCAGACAUCCAAAAUACCGAGCGACAAUUGGCAGUGGAAAUGCAUAAGAAUCAAAAACUGCGAGAACUUCUUCUUCAAGACGAGGAAUUUCUUAAACAGUUAGACGAGGACAGAAAGCGCAUACGUGAACAGAAAAAUAUUAGAAAACGACAUAAUAUGGACGAUGCGAUGAAAAGGGUUAACAACUUGAAAGAAAUGGCACAACGGAAGAGGGGCAAGCUUUUAGAAGAAAAAUAA